AUGAAAGUUCUUUUUUGGAAUAUCAAUGGGAUUGUGCGAGAUGAGGUACAAUUCAAACUUAGGGAGUUAGUUAAAGUUCAUAAACCUGAUAUCAUUGGCAUUGUUGAGCCAAGGGUGUCAGUUAAUUCAAGAUCAGUUAGACGUUUUCAGUUAGAAGGUUUCAAUAAUAUAAUUUUUCAUAAUUUUACAGAGAAUACUAAUGGAAAUUUGUGGGUGUUGUGGUCUAGAGAUAUUCCUGAGUCGGUGGUGUUGAACACGUCGCGUCAGGCUAUCACUAUUGGGGUUGAUGGGGUUAUGAUUUCUUUGGUUCAUGCUAGUAGUGUGCAGAUUACUAGAAGAGAGCUUUGGAGGCAACUUAACUUGGGGGAUCAGCAGGUUCCUUGGUUGGUAAUUGGCGAUUUUAAUUGUGUUCUUCAGAAUGAGGAAAAGAAGGGGGGUGGGAUUCCUAAUACUGAUGUGGUUAAUGAGUUUAGCGACUGGAUAGAUGAUAACAAUUUAUUUGAAGCCGAACUCUUAGGGAGCAAAUUUACUUGGUCGAAUAGACAAUCGGGUGUUAGAAGAAUCAUUAGUAAAAUAGACCGGGCUGUGAUAAACGAGUAUUGGUUGAAUCGCUUUGAGAACUGGCGGUGUAAAGCUCUUCCUAGGCAAGUUUCCGAUCAUUCUCCUCUCAUUGGGUAUACUUUUGUUAAUACUAGGCCAAGAAGGUCUCCUUUCCGUGUUCAAAAGAUGUGGUUUUCACAUCCAUAUUUUAUGCGAAUGGUGCAGGAAAGUUGGAAUGAUCCUUUGGAGGGGAAUCCAGCUUAUGUUUUUGCUCAGAAAUUAAAAAGGCUCAAGGCUGAUAUGAAGGUUUGGAACCAACAGGUUUUUGGUAAUGUUUAUGUCAGAUUGAAGCAAGCUCAGCUGAGGCUUGAGAGUGCUUUAAGAAUAGUUGAUGAAGACCCUUUUGAUUUGCACAAAAAUAAUGUGAUGAAGGAGGCGUCAGUGGAAGUUAAUAACAUUCGUAUACAGUUGGCUACAAUGUUGAAGCAAAAGUCUAGAAACCAGUGGUUGGUAGAGGGUGCAAGCAACACAAGUUUCUUUCACAACAGUAUUAGGAUUCGUAGGAGUAAUAAUACUAUUUCGGAGCUUGUGAAUGAUCAAGUGCUGACUAUUACAGAUUGUGAUCAGAUUAGAGAUCUUGCGGUGAACUAUUUUACUAAUAAGUUCAACGGAGAUGUUUCUGUCCCUGACUCUCUUUUUGAUGUGGAGCAUGAGAGUAUUUUGAUUGAGGAGAGUGGUUGUAUGGACCAAAAUCCUUCUUUUGAAGAAAUCUAUGAAGCGGUGUUUUCUUUAGGUGCGGAUAGUGCUCCAGGACCUGACGGAUUUGCUGGUUUCUUCUACAGACAUUGUUAG